CUUGCAAUUUGUCUUUAAGUGUAAAUGCAUUUAGUGUUACGUUUGACUCUUAUCGAGAUUGGGAAGAUUAUCUGCAAGAUGAAAUUGAUGAUAGUACCUUCUAUGGAAGAAGAGUAUUAUCAUGGUGAUGAGUUAUGGAGAUUCAUCAAGAACUUUUGGGGCCAUAGGUGGAAUCUAAUGGUCACUAGCAUUCUACGGCCGACGGUAUACAAUCCAGUACGAUUUACUUGUACUCGUUAUAUAGGAAAAAAUUGGGCGCAACAUGUGGGGAUACUCGCUACAUUUGCCGUCUAUGGGUUAAUGCAUGAGCUGCUAUUGUUCUACUUAGGGCGGCUUUGGCCUACAUGGAGUGCCCUGACGUUGUUGCUUCUCAAUGGAAUUUGUUUAUCUUUUGAAAUUGAAAUCAAGAAGUGCUUUACAGCCAACAAGUGGCAGUUGCAUCCGUUAGUUACAGGACCUCUGAUAAUUGCGUUCAUGAUGAUCACAUCCUGUUGGCUGCUUUUCCCUCAGUUUCAAACGUCCGGUGUUGAUGUUAAGAUGGUUAAUGAGUAUGUUAUUGUAGGGCAGUUUGUGAAGGGUGUGUGGGACAGCAUGUUGGAAUUCUGUUUUGGGGGUGCUGGUGAACUUUGGAGAGGCCGAUGCUACUAGUUUUCUGCUUGAUCUUUCUGUAACUAUGAGUCUUUGUCAAGAGUCCAAUGCAGUAACAUGGAAGUAUCAGUGUCACUGGUAAUACUUCCAUAAAUUUCAAGCAGGUAGCAAAAGAAUUAAUAUAUCAGAUAUUGAAUUUACAUCAAGGUUUAAAAA